AUGUCAAAGAAGCGAUCGCGCGCCUCGUCGCUCGCCUCCAACCACGGGUCCCCCUCGUCAUCUGCCCACGCCUCGUCCAGCCGCUCCACCACAAUCACACCGGGCGGGCCCCUGGUGCACGCUUCUCAGGACCUCGAUGACUUCCAGGAGUCGUUUUGGAGGUACCAGAUGGACCUCGUCGAACAGGGCGGCGAUGGCGAGGGCGGCCUCGUCGACUUCAAGAGCGGUACCCCCACCGGCGGUCAGCUGCCCCUCGCCCGCAUCAAAAAGGUCAUGAAGAGUGACGACGAGGUAAAGAUGAUCUCGGCAGAGGCGCCCAUUCUCUUUGCUCGAGCCUGCGAGAUCUUCAUCUCUGACCUCACCUGCAGAGCCUUCCUGAUCGCCGAGGAGCACAAGCGGAGGACCAUCCAGCGAUCCGACAUCGCCGGCGCAAUCGGGAGGUCCGACCUGUUCGACUUCCUGAUCGACAUUGUCCCCCGGCACGAAAGCGUCCCGUCGAGCCGCUUGCCCGGCGGCGGUGCGGCCAAGAUGGAGAGGACGGGGCAGGGGCAGAACUCUGCGAGGGCCAAGGCGGCGGCACGGAAUCGGCCCGCUGAUCAGCAGCCGGAGCACGCUGGCUAUGGCAACGAUGGCGACAACGACGACGACGACGACGAUGACGGGAUAGCGGCGCGCGACGAUGCCGAAGCGGCCGACGAGUCCGGGGCGGGAGCCUACCUGGAACUCGAAACGCCCGCUGCCGCGCAGGGGUCGCUCAACAUUCCGCACGCCUCUGCGAGCGAAGCCGACAUGGCCUCGUGGCUCAAUGAUGCGACGGCAGACCACCACGCGCCGUGGCCCCAUUCGUUUGCGGAGCUGUCGUCGCAGACGAGCCAUGGCCAGCACGGCGACCAGCGGGGCCACGGCCAGAACCAGGGCCACGUCCACGGGCUCGACUCGUUCUUUUGA